GGCACCAAGUCCCAGUCCGGUCUCACCUGCCGCCCUCACUGCCAGCUCACCCCGCCCCAGCAUCGCGCCAGCGCUCUGCGCAUGCGUGCUGCCCCUCAGCGCAGGCGCAGCGCGGGACGCGGUAGCGGCGAUGGGCGGGAGGUUGGCGCGCGUGUUCCGGACGUUCAACGUGGAGAGCCGGGCCCGCCGCGAGAUCAGCAAGGAGAAGCCCACCCCGGCGCCGCGACACCCCACCAGCCGCUUCGACGCGCUGAGCGACCAUCCUGAGAUACAGCAGGAAAUCUACAAGAAGGACGACAGGCUCCUCACCUUGUUGAAAGAUGUUUAUGUGGAGUCCAGAGACCCGCCAGCACAGGUAAAAGAUGGAGGUGGUGAACAUCUUCCACGUAAACAGGUGGAAAAGAGAUUGACAAAACUAGGCCAAUUUGAAGAGCUGGAUGUUAAGAAAGUUCCCAAAGGCAAAAUUUCCAUUGUGGAGGCUCUGAUGCUUCUUAAUAAUCAUAAACUUCAUCCUCAGAUAUGGACUGCGGAGAAAAUAGCAGCAGAAUACAGUCUGGAACUGAAUGAAGUCAACUCUCUUCUGGAAUUCUUUAUUCCUUUUACCUUUCAAGAGUUUCCUAAAGAAACAAGAAAAGCUAUAAAACCGACAUAAUAUUUACACAAAACUUGUGCGAUCUUGUGUGUGUCUUAAUUAUAUUCCUGAGUAUAUGCAGUGUCUGAAAAGUGCUGCUAAUGUUAUCCAGCAAGAGUGCUGUCUCAUACCAAAAAGAUGCAUUCAGGCAAUUCCAUUCUGCAUGUGAUGGCUUCAGUUCAAUGUGGUAAUUGCAGGACGGAGUUUGUAAAACAGAUUUUAACAACUAAGUUGUGUGAGAGCCUGUUGCAGGUUUCGGAUUGUUGCAUUCAAGUGUUUUCCAUUCAGUUAAAAUGUGUAAGUUCUAUAUAGAAAUUUAACUUAAACAAACAACAACAACAAUAAAACCCAAACAGGUUUCCUUUCUUAACAGGGACUUCCUGGCCUCCAGCAAAAUCAGUGCUCUGCAUGUAUUAGCUUUGUCAUUCAUUUUGCAAGGACUUGCUCUCAAGGCAUGUGUAUGCUAAAGCAGCUGUAUUUCUACUGUAUGAAAGUUAAAUAAUACUUAUACUCUUUAUAGAGUGUUAGCCACAAAAAGGCUCGGGAUGUUCAGCUGUGUCAAAAUAUAAAGGUGAGCAGCAAGAAAGCUUCUUUCUAGUGCCCAAUGUGUGACCCUUCUUCCGCUCCAUUCUGAUUUUGCUGAACUGUCUGUACCUCCCCGGGUACUCUCUAUCAGUCACUGACUUUGUAGAGUGAAAAUCUAGUAUCAUGGCAGUCCUCUGCAGCAGCCUCUUGCUGUAUUGAAAGUAAUGGUUCAUGUAGUAGGCAGCUGUUAAAUGCAAUUGUAUCUACUGAUUGGACCCACUAGUAGAUCUUUCGUAAAUGUCUACCUGUGCUGUUGUAAUAACCCUUUUCCCCCCCAUUGAGGCCUUCUCGGAUUUAUCCAAGUACAAGCUUAGAUCAGUGUGUUCACUGAUAACCAAGUUUUCCUCAUGCUACCACACUCAGCACAGACAGCAUCCUUUAGUUGUUAGUGAAGGAUGUUAUACCGGAGAGAUAACUGGGCUGUAGCCUUGAUAAUCUGACUGCUUGGGUGUGUGUAGACAAGGAAGAAGUUUAGCACAUGAUACUUCUGAGCUAUGAACCACAUUAUAAUUUGUUUUCCACAAAACACCCUUCUGUGCUGUAACAGAAACACCAUUUUCCAGUACUGUACAUCCCAUUGUAAUAUUUAAGGUGGAAAUCAGAAAGAACAGCUGUGGAAUUACAUUUGGUACAGAUACUUUAUUUGUAGAAUUCCUAAAUUCAGUAAAGAACAAUUGACGUUCUGUAGUGAUGUUCCAGCAGCUAUUCUGGCUUCCACACUUGAAUUUGCUCUGAGAUGUCUCUAGGGGGAGUCUGUUUGCUCACUUACCCGUGUUUUCUGGGACGUUCUCACUUGAGCGCGUCCCUUUCUUUCUCUUUGUUCUGUAAGCUUGUAUUCCCAGUCUUCUCCAGCCAGCCUGCUCUGCCAGUUUCUAUUGCUUUUUACUAACUCACAGGCAGGUGUUGCUUAUGUUCUGCUAUCACACUAUCAAUGACCUGCUUUGUUUCAGCAGAGUGGUAUCUUGCCUUCCAAGAGUAGCAUAUCUGAGGUAAAGAUGAGAGGACUGAGCAAAUGUUUUGUUCUGGAGAACUUGUGACAGACUUUCAAAAGGGAUGUAGCUUUUCAUAAAUCUUCAACAUUUCUCCUUUGAGGUAUUUUAAACUAAAAUAGAUCUUGUGCUGCCUUUCUUUGUGUUAAUAGUGGCCAGGUUCUUGCAGUUUGAUGCUGAGAUAGCAGGCUCAGAGUUGCAAGGCAGGAAAGAGGUUUAACUCCGCUUUCUGUGCAGUUCAGUGAGAGGGAACUUCAGUAAAAACCUUCUUUCUGUAGUUUUCCAGCAUAUCCAACUAGUCUUUCAAGCAACCUGUUUUUACCCAAGAAGGAAAUAAAACGAUACUCAUAAGUUAGAGUAAGUAACAUACUAACAUACUAAGCUUAAAGAGUACCUUAUUUCUGUGUUGGAAAAUGGGGUAAAACCUCAAGUAGUUGUAACACAGGAUUGAAACUUCUGAAGUUUAAAAGGGUGCCUUUGUUCAAAAGGGCCUUGUUUUAUUCCACAUAAGAUUGUACUUUCUUGUUUGAUAUUCCAGGAAGCUUCAGGUUUCACAGUUCUGUAUUGGAAUGCUUUAUGAACAAGAGUUUUCUGGUUGUCACGUGGCAGUGGUGUUGAAUUCAACAGGAACAGCUAUAGGGAUCUGCUCAGAGCAGGCAGCCUUCAGAUGCAAAUGGCUUCUGUUACUUGAGACUGGAAGGGCAAAGGUGGUCUGUGCUGACCGACAUGCUAUUAAUGAUCAAACCACUGCAUUGGUGCCUCGUUACUGAAUACAUAUGAGUAAUCUAUGAAGCUAGUUAAUUCUGUAAGCUUCCAUGGUGUAGAUAGGUACUGCCACCUUAUUAUCAGUGCGAAAUGUUUUCUGUUGAGGGCUUCCAGAGAAAGCUUUUACAAUGGAGAGAACAGCCCCCUAGAAGGUGACAACGAGCUAUUUAGCCCACAUCAGGACAGGGUGCUGUGAGAGGGUACAGUAGGUCCAUCCAUGUUUUUUGGCCUUUGGACAAAGUAUGGCAGUGCUGUGUUAGAAGAAAUUGAAAGGGAGCUGUAGUAGAGUAGCCAGCUCCUAUAGGCAUGCAAGGCAUUUAUAGGAAAUAUUUUGUUGUUGUUCUAGUCAGUCUCAGAAACAAAUGCUAAGACUACUGAUACCCAUCCCAACCUUGUUGCUACCAUUCACUCCCUUCACUCCCUUGACAUGAUCCUGUCCUCCCACUCUCCCUGCUAAUUUGUUGCUGGGUGCCAUCUGGCAAGUCUCUAGCCCUGUGUCACAGAUCUGUAAUUAACUGUACGGUGAGUGAGGCUCAUUUACUGUGUACCUAAAGCUACAGUGAAACUGGAAUAAACAGAAAGCAAGUGCAUUGAAUAGCAGUGAAUCAAAGCAAAGCAGACUACUGAAGAUGUCUUCAGGAAGAAAUAAUGCCACUUGAUUGCUUUUGCUCCUCUACAGGGGAAGAAACUGGGUGUAAAAUUCGUACUGUAUCCUGCCUUCCUCAAUUAGCUGUAACCUGUUAAAGAUUUCCUGUGUGGGAACAAAUUCGCAGUUGUUGUCACUUAAAGCUAAAUUCUAUCAACUCACUACUGCACAUGCAAUACUUUAAUAUUAAACCAGAGCCGUUUUUCCUGUGACUGGAAUUUAAUCAGUUUCUUAACCUUUUUGGAAACAAUGCACAAUUUUGUACAUUUUUAAUAAAGGUUAUUUGAAUCUUA